AUGGCGCGGUUCGCUGACGGCCUUCCCGCUCAUCUCUGGAUCGCAGUCCUGAUAUCACUGAGUUACUCAUGCUUCACUGGAUUUCUUCGGAUCUAUGCAAGAGUCGGCUAUUAUGGAAUAGACGACAUCGCUGUUGCUGUUGCUCAUGUCACGGCGCUCGCGCAAUGGGGCUGCUUGAUUGUAGCACUGAACAAUGGUCUGGGGAAACCAGAGGAUGUGGUUCAAGCUGAGCACCUGACGAGUAUGUCUCGAGCGGUCGUUGCCAGCCAGAUACUCUUUCUUCUUACGAUGGGAGUAACGAGUCUCUCCCUAACGCUGCUCAUGAGGAGGAUAUUCUCGACGAAUACAAAACACAAACUUGGGUCGUAUAUCCUGUUGGGAGUCAUCUCGGCGUGGCUCGUUCUUGCAGUUGCUGCUGUCAAGUCGGAUUGUCCCUCAACGCACAUACUCCAAGGGCAGGAACACACAUGUCCCAAUGAUAUAUAUCGAUGGAGAGCUAUCCUUGCAAUCACGAUUUGCAUCGAGGCCGCUGUAAUGGGCCUACCUAUCUAUCUUGUCAAUCAGCUUCGAAUCAAAGUCAGCAAGAAGUUGCUUGUGGUAUCUGCUUUUGCAUAUCGAAUGCCCAUGAUCGCCUUAUCUCUGCUGUACUUGAAGGCCUACAGCGAAGCAGUGCGAUCCGAAGAUCGAGUACAGCAUUUUUCGAAAGUCGUCAUCUGGCAGCAAGCCAUGAUCUGUUACAGCCUCUUGUCAGCAACUCUGCCGUUCGUCCAAGCUUUCAUGCGCGGGUUCACGACAGGCGGCACGGCCUUUGGCAGUAUCAUAUAUGGAUCUCGCAACAGUCGUUCCAACAGCUCUGGCGACACAUCGAGAAGCAGAUCGCGAAACGAGUCGUUCACACCACAGUUCUUGGGUCGAACGAGGACAGUCUGUCGUGGAGCAGAAAAACAGGUCAACAAUGAAGCUCAUCGUGCAUCUGGUGGAUCGCAGGAGUUGAUCGUCCGACGAGAAGUCACAGUGGCAGUUACUCAAGGUUGA